UGCCGAGGAGGCAAGCCAACACCUUCGUCCAGGCCAGCGACGACACGCAAGUGAGCAUGAGAAAUUCGAACAGCGUGUACAAGUACGUGCUUGUUAGCCAGGAGCUUUUUGAGAAGCUCCGUGGUCAGAGGAUGCUUCGGUGCGUGUUAUGUGCGAAACGAGUGGCAGGGGAACAGGCAUGGGGCGGCGUGACAUUUUUGCAGCGUGAAGGGUUGAUAACAGGUCCACAUGAUGCGAGGGCGACGUCCAGAGCCCUAGUUGGGGCACGACAGCAGGGCGAUGACGUCAUCGAUUUGGAUGGCAAGGAAGAGGGCGGCGGGAAGGAUGCGGGCACAUACUCGCAGUGGCCAGGCAAAUUGCCCGUUGAUGAGGGUGGUUCAAAUUUAGGGAAGAGGAAGGAUAUGGACGGGGCCAUGAUGCAGCAGGGGAAGAAGACUAGGCAGCCAGCGAUAAAAGAGGCGCUUGGGUAUGACGGGGCUGCGAAACACAAAAAGUUGUGGUUGCGCUUCGUGUACAGCAACCAGUUAGCUUUCAACAUCUUUCGGAGCCCCACAUCAAAGGCGUACACAACACACUUCAGGGACAAACCCCCUUCAGUGCCCGUGAUUUGGCCUUUUGAAAACGAAGUCACAGCAAUGGAUACAGUGGUCGAGAUGGCAAUCGACGUUGUUGCCGGUCUUAAGGAUAUACAAGAGACAUUUAACCACACAGGGACCACGACCCUGUUUGACGGCAGGAAGUCUCACGAUGGGAGACCCAUCGUGAACUUCCUAGCAGCAGCUGGUGCGCGAGGAGUGAUGAUGUGGAGCACCCUGAACAGGGAGGGUGAGUCCGACGAUGCGCUGGCAGUGUUGGGGAGGUGGAUGUUAGUCUUCCGUGACUUUCGUUCAAACAGGGUCAACGCAAUUUGUACAGACUCUACAACGGGUCCGUGGUGCAUGGAUAUCAUUGAGCGGGCGAGAGCGGUAGUGCAUUUUAUAAAAAUGCACAGCCGAGCGCAUUUCCUGUUUAGGAGAGAGAGUCGCCAUCUUGGGUUGUUGUACUCAUGCGAGACUCGAUUCGCCUUUGUCUACACGAUGUUAGAGAGGUUGGAUGCUGUCCGGCGUCCUUUGGAGGUCGCGAGGGUAAAGGUCCUAGCCGAUGUCGACCCGAGCAUACAGGCAAUGGCUCGUGACAUGGAGGCUAGACGUGAGCUAAAAACGGUGGGAAGGGUGAUGUUGGCGACUGCGGGAGCAGGAGUGCAUAGCUUUCACGAGAAUGUGCGUGACAUGGUCGUGGACUAUGUGGUGCUGGAGGGUGGAGGUGCCACUGCGCACACGCAGACAUUGGAGUCUCGCGGACGGGAUGGCAUCACGGUGGUCGACGAUGAUCAUACUGAUGCCGUUGCAGAGGAGGCUGGCGGAGAGGAGGAUCUGCCGAGCAGACUCAUGCGUGGCGAGCGACGUACCACGACCCACGGAGAUGCGGUGGACGCUAUUGACUUUUUGUGUUUAUUACUGUUCAGAGGCAUGACCGCAUCAUGUAGUUUUGACACGUUCCAUUACUUUGUGUCGCAUUAGCAUCAUUUUUUUGUUAUCAGGCAGUGUUUUUUUUUUUCUAUUGUGCAUAUGGUUCAUUGUGAAACCUUUCUUUGUGCAACACGU